AUGACUGAAUCCAUUGAAGACAAUGCACAAGAAUAUGAAUUAACGUAUAAAGUUGGAGUUGCAGAAAAUAAGAAUUCAAAAUUUAGAACAACAAUGGAAGAUAUUCAUACUUAUGUGAAGAAUUUUGCAUCGAGGCUUGAUUGGGGGUAUUUCGCUGUUUUUGAUGGGCAUGCAGGGAGUCAAGCCUCUAAAUGGUGUGGCUCUCACUUACAUUCCAUAAUUGAAUCAAAAAUAUUGCAAGAUGAAACAACGGAUAUUAGAGAGAUUCUGAAUGAUUCAUUCGUGCUCAUUGAUGAACAAAUUAAUAGCCAAUUAAAAGGCAACAGUGGUUGUACGGCAGCAGUAUGUGUCCUUCGCUGGGAAUUACCAGAAAACGUGUCAGAAGAAGAUAAUGGAGAAAUAGAUUUGAGUCAACACAGAAGAAAAUUAUAUACAGCCAAUGUUGGUGAUUCAAGAAUAGUGUUAUAUAGAAAUAACCAAGCGAUAAGAUUGACAUAUGACCAUAAAGCAUCUGAUUUAUUUGAGAUGCAGAGAAUAGAACAAGCUGGUGGUUUAAUCAUGAAAAGUCGUGUUAAUGGUAUGUUAGCUGUAACAAGAUCUCUAGGUGAUAAAUUUUUUGAUUCCUUAGUGGUAGGAAAUCCUUUUACAACCACUGUUGAAAUUAUCCCAGAAGAUAAAUUUUUAAUUAUUGCAUGUGAUGGUCUUUGGGAUGUUAUUGAUGAUCAAAUGGCAUGUCAACUUAUCCAAGAUAUUGAAGAUCCUAAUGAAGCAGCAAAAACAUUAGUCAGGUAUGCUUUAAAAAAUGGUACAACUGAUAAUGUUACAGUAAUGGUUGUCACUUUAUGA